AUGCCUAAAUACCACGACCAACUUCUUGAACUUGAUAGGUCUCUCAAAAGGCAGUUAGAUUUGAUACCGGUGCAGGCACUGAGGGAUGGGAGGACGUCGUUGCUUAUGCAAACAGAACAAGCCGGCAAACUUGAUGAGUUGAUAGGUUAUGAGAAGGAGAACUUGGAGUUGACCAGGCGAAUAGAAAGGAUUUUGCCUAAGCCGGAAACAGAGACGAGUAAAGCUGCACGCCUUCCGGUUGGAUUGGGUGUGCCUUUGAAGGAAUUGAAGAAGCUUCUUGAGGAUGGGGUGUCAAGGCUUGUACUGACCGGUCCUCAAGGAUAUGGCAAAACCACAUUGGCGAAACAGUUUUGUCAAGAUGAGGAUGUCAAAGAUAUAUUCAAGAACAAUAUCUUCUUUGUCCUUGUUUCCAAAAAGCCCACCUUGGAGCAUAUUGUACAACAACUAUAUCGACACAAGGAAUACCAGGUACCUAAUGACCUCCAUCUUGAAGAAAUUGCGGUUCUCAGGCUGCAAAAUUUUUUGAAGGAACAAGGACAAAAUCCUGUACUGUUGGUCCUAGAUGAUGUUUGGUCAGAAUCCGUUCUUGACAAGUUUGAUCAAUUCAAAAUGUCAAAUUACAAGAUUUUGGUGACAUCAAUAUCUGAGUUUCCAAGAUUUGGUUAUGCAUAUCGUUUAAAACCGUUGAAUGAUGAAGAUGCAAUGACCCUAUUUCAUCGUUCUGCUUCACUCAGAGAUGAGAGCUCUUAUGUUCCACAACCCCUUGCCAGACAGAUAGUAGAACGCUGUAAGGGAUUUCCACUUGCCAUUACAGCCAUCGGAAGAAAACUUUGCGGACAAUCCUUUGAGACUUGGACUAGAAGACUAAGGGUUUGGUGUGAAGAUUCUUCUCUUCUUGAUUCCGAAACCGAUUUCCUUGGUUGCUUCCAAAGAAACUUAGAUGCGUUGGAUAAAAAACGACCCAGCAUCAGGGAAUGUUUCAUAGACCUUGGUUCAUUUCCUGAAAAUCAAAGAAUCCAUGUGGCUGACCUCAUUGAUAUAUGGACAGAGUUAUAUGAGCUAGAUGAAGAUACUCUACCCAUUGCGAACCUCCACGAACUCACCAGUCUGAGUUUGGCUAAUUAUAUAGUCACAAGGGAGGAGAAGAUGAAGGUAGACGGCUACUACAGCGAACACUUUCUCACCCAGCACUAUAUGCUUAGACAGCUGGCUAUCUAUCGUGCGAGUCGGGAUGCAAUAGUACAUCGAGAAAGGCUAAUUCUGGACAUAUGUGGAAACAAUCUUCCCAGUUGGUUGAAAGAACAGAAAGCUCAACCUGUCAAGGCUCGCCUAUUAUCUAUAUCAACAGAUGGAAUGUUCUCAACAAAAUGGCCCAACAUGCAACUGCCAGAAGUUGAAGUUCUAGUUUUGACAUUUCAGACAAAGAGCUAUGCCUUGCCUGAAUUUGUGGAGAAACUCGAAAAAUUGAAGGCUCUGGUAGUGACAUAUUAUGGUUCGUAUCCUGCUGAGUUAAGAAAGUUUUGGCUACUUGGUUCGCUACCAAAUCUGAAGAGAAUCAGAUUAGUGCGCAUUUCAAUACCUUCCAUAAGAAAGAGCCCCAUAGUCUUGAAGAGUCUGCAAAAGAUAUCUUUUUUCAGGUGUAACAUCGGUGAAGAUUUCGUCCACUGUUCCAUCAAACUUUCAGAUGCAUUGCCGAAUCUAGCUGAAAUGAACAUUGAUUUUUGUAAUGAUCUGAUGGAAUUGCCGGACAAGCUAUGUGGUCUUUUUCACCUGAAGAAACUCAGUAUUACUAACUGUUGUAGGCUAUCUACAUUGCCCGUGGGGAUUGGACAGCUGGCCAAUUUAGAGGUGUUAAGGCUAAGGUCUUGCACAGACUUGUUGAAGUUGCCAGGGUCGAUUAGGAAACUUAAAAGGUUAAACUUUCUUGACAUAUCUGAUUGCUCCAGCAUUAUGGAGUUGCCUGAAUACAUUGGUGAAAUGUGCAGUUUAAGAAAGCUCAACAUUAGGCACUGCUCAAAACUGAAAGAGCUCCCUCAAUCAGUUUCAAAGCUUGAGCAGCUAAAGGAUGUGAUAUGUGAUGAAGCGACGGAAAAGUUAUGGCAACCGUUCUUACCCAGUUUCAGAAACAUAUGCAUAAAGGUGGCAAUGUAG